GCUCCGAAGCUGCCGACAGUCAAUAACAUUGAAAGCUGAUUGAAUAAUAUUAACCGGCUUAUGUUCAGUAAGAACGUAUCAAUGGGAGCCUAUAACGAACGGUAGGUAUACUCGCGUAUCAUAUAAAAAUAAGUAAAGACCGCAUAAUGAAAUUGUAAUAUGAAUUGUGGAUUUUCAAUGUUUUUUAAAACUUUAAUAUCAGUAUUUACAAAGGCUAACGACGGUGUAGUAAGCACUGGAUUUUAGUUUCCCCACUGGAGAUAAAAGGAUACUAGAAGACUCUUCUGCAUAAUUGUGUCCUGUCUUCUGCGAGGUAUCCCGACAACCAUCGAUACUUCGUUGAUCAAUCACCAUGGAAGGCGAAGGAAAGGGGUUGACGCUCCAGCUGAUGAUGGCAGUGGGAACAGCUGUGAUUGGCUCGCUGCAGUUUGGCUACAACACAGGGGUCAUCAAUGCUCCCCAAAAGAUCAUCGAAGGCUUCCUGAAUGACACGUGGAACAGCAGGUACUCUGAGCCCAUCCCUACUACUUCCCUGACCACCCUGUGGUCCAUAUCCGUGGCCAUCUUCUCUGUUGGGGGCAUUUUCGGCUCCUUCUCCGUGGGCCUCUUUGUCAACCGCCUGGGCAGGAGAAACUCGAUGCUUAUUGCCAACGUGCUGGCGUUCAUCUCCGCCGGGUUCAUGGGCUUCUCCAAGCUGGCGGCGUCAUGGGAGAUGCUGAUUAUCGGGCGCUUCAUUGUGGGGCUCUACUCUGGCCUGUCCACUGGCUUCGUGCCCAUGUACGUGGGGGAGAUUGCUCCCACCUCGCUCCGCGGGGCGCUGGGCACUCUGCACCAGUUGGGCAUCGUCCUUGGCAUCCUCAUGGCACAGGUGUUUGGGAUCGAGUCGAUCAUGGGGAACUCCACUCUGUGGCCCUUCCUGCUGGGCUUCACAUUCAUCCCAGCCAUGCUGCAGUGUAUCCUGUUACCCUUCUGCCCCGAGAGCCCCCGCUUCCUCCUAAUCAACCGCAACGAGGAGCUCAAGGCCAGAGAAGUGCUGGAGAAGCUGCGAGGCACUGAGGAGGUGGGCGCCGACAUGCAGGAGAUGAAGGAGGAGGCCAGGCAGAUGAUGAAGGAGAAGAAGGUGACCAUCCUGGAGCUAUUCCGCUCGCCGCUCUAUCGCCAGCCCAUUUUCAUCGCCGUCAUGCUCCAGCUCUCCCAGCAGUUGUCUGGCAUCAACGCUGUUUUCUACUACUCCACCAGGAUCUUUGAGAAGGCGGGAGUCUCUCAGCCAGUCUAUGCUACGAUUGGUGCCGGAGUGGUCAAUACAGCCUUCACUGUUGUGUCUCUAUUCGUCGUGGAGCGUGCUGGGCGAAGAUCCCUUCACCUCACUGGGUUGCUGGGGAUGGCAUUCUCAGCUGUCCUGAUGACAAUCGCUAUGGCACUACUGGACCAGCUGCCAUGGAUGUCCUACGUCAGCAUCGUAGCCAUCUUUAGCUUUGUGGCCUUCUUUGAGAUCGGCCCGGGCCCCAUCCCCUGGUUCAUCGUGGCUGAGCUCUUCAGCCAAGGUCCUCGGCCCUCUGCCUUUGCCGUUGCUGGAUUCUCCAACUGGUCGGCUAACUUCAUAGUGGGCAUGACCUUCCAAUACGUUGAGCAACUGUGUGGCCCCUACGUCUUCAUCAUCUUCACUGUGCUACUGCUGGGCUUCUUCAUCUUCACUUAUUUCAAGGUGCCCGAAACCAAGGGACGGUCGUUUGACGAGAUCUCAGCCGGCUUCCGCCAUGAGGCCGGACAGUCAGGGGAAAAGUACGCUCCUGAUGAGAUGAACAGCCUUGGGGGAGCCGACUCUCAACUCUAAGAUCUCCGACAACACCCCCAACCUCCUUCAAUACUACUGAUAGACUGGGUGGGCAACAUACGCCUGGGCAUUUCUAGUUUAGGGACGAGUGCCACUCCUAUAGGCCUUCAGAGUCCCACCUCUCCUGCUCUCUGUGGUAAACUGAUGACUGCAGUAUGCAUGGGGUUCCAGGAGGGCGCGAUGAGAGACUGCAAAUUCACAAUAGAGAUGUGUAGAGAUCGCAACGUUGUAUGUUUCAUUAUGGUUUCUGUGGCAGCAUGGGCAGCACCAUUGAGGCCAACUCCAUUUUAAAGUAGUACAUUUUCUUCCUUUGAUGUUUAAAAAAAGUGAAAUGCUAUUGUGAUUUACCACCACCUGCAGUGCUGUAGUCUUGAAACAAAUCUGGGGUGUCAUUAAUUUAUUAUGUCAACUAGAUGGCUGUGAUAUAGCUUAAAAGCCUGUUACAAACUAGGCAAAACAAUUUGAAGACAAUGCUCUGAUCAUUGAGAGAAUCUCAAUUUUAUUGUCCUCGCGUCCUCUCGUCUCCGUUUCAAAAUCGAUUGGAAGAGGUCAGAGGCGAGGGACCUCUGACUUUUUCAUCCAAUGGGUUUUGAGAAGGAAGAGAGGAGAGAGAACGCAAUUGAGAUUCUCCCAUUGGCCUUCCCCACCCAGCUGACUACUUUAAAAUGGUGGAAGACCUCAAUGGCAAUGUCCAUGCAAAAAAUUGUUAUUUCCAAGUAGCGAUCUCUAUACAUCUCUAUAGUAUUCACAGGAAGUAGAGGCUAUCCUUGUAAACCCUUGUGUAAUAUUGGCAGAUAUCCAUAUCAGAGACGGAAGAGAAAGCGAGACAUCUCACAGGCAAAUUCUUUCAUCUCCGAUCGGGUGGCGCAAACGGGGGAGAGGGGAAUAAGUAGACCAGAGCCAGCUGUUAUAAAAGGGUGUUUAUGAGACAUCUUCAUUAUCUUGUUGGUUUAAAUCCUCAUCAGCCUGAAAGGGAAAAUAGCUCUCUAUCCUCUUUUGGUCUCUUCCUGCAGCUUAAAAGGGCUGACUUGGUUGCUAUUAAGAUAACAAAGUGAAACACUGAAUUAAACAAUGCUUUCCAUUCCACUUAUCCAAUCCUUAAUAUCACCACAGACUAUGCAGUUAGUGAGACACAUUCUCAAUUCCAACUGUUCAUCCACAAUUUACUUCAGCAAACUCUGACAAUAAAAACAAAAACCCCCGACCAAUCUUAUUGACAAAAGGUUAUAACAAGGCACCAUAUCCCUGACCAAGCCGAGAUAUUGUAAAAUGUAUGUCAAUAUUUGACUUAUUUGUGUCUUGGCUCUUCUGUUACUGAGGAGCAAUAUGAACAAUCUUUGCUAAAGCAUUCUAUUUACACCAUGAGAAAUUAAUGAAUUAUGAAGCCAACUCUAUUCAUGGAAGUUUGAUUAUAUAUCCCUCAAUUAUUUUCUUUAUGAGGUGAAGUGUUAUAUUGUAUCUUAAUAUAUGACUCUGGUAGGACCGAAUGCUUGUAUGUAAUGGAAUACCAACGGUAAUGUCUUUUUAAUCCCUUUAUUUAAUGAAUUAACUUCAUUUCAAGUUUUACAAUAGUCUUGAUCUUUGCACAAAACCUUACUGCGACUAAGUGGGACUUAGUAGUUUUAGCACACUAUUCCCUGAAAAUAACCUUACAUUUCCUCAACCACUGUUGGCAUAAUAAUACUGCACAUUUGGUUUGAAAUGAAAUGUCAAACUAUACUAGCAACAGUGGUGUAUUGGAGGGUAAACGCAAGUAAACACAGUUUACCCAGCUUUUUUUGCCCAACAGUUUACCAUGGUCUUGUCAAAUUGUUGAACUAGAUCACAUUUUAUAAUGAUUUAAUCUGUUUUUUCUCCCAACACAAUUGAUUUACAGUAUAUAAAACAAUAAAAUAGAAACUUUUCAAAUUAUAUUGCAUAAUUAGAUAAUGUCAACUAACCAGGCCUAUCAAGUGUAUUAUUGAACUAUAUUUAUAAUAUUUCUGUAUCUGCCCUUUGAUCUGUUUAACAAAUUGUAGCUGUCGUUGAUCCUCAAUGUUACUUUUGGAAUAUGCAUUUAAAUGUGUUCACCACCCCAAUAUAAACGCAGCAAAAAAAGAAACGUCCUCUCACUGUCAAUUGCAUUUAUAUUCAGCAAACUUAACAUGUGUAAAUAUUUGUAUGAACAUAAGAUUCAACAACUGAGACAAACUGAAAAAGUUCCACAGACAUGUGACUAACAAAAAUGGAAUGUGUCCCUGAACAAAGGGGGUGUCAAAAGUACCAGUCAGUAUCUGGUGUGGCCACCAGCUGCAUUAAGUACUGCAGUGUAUCUCCUCCUCAUGGACUGCAGCAGAUUUGCCAGUUUUUGCUGUGAGAUGUUACCCCACUCUUCCACUAAGGAACCUGGAAGUUCCAAGACAUUUCUGUGGGGAAUGGCCCUAGCCCUCACCCUCGGAUCCAACAGGUCCCAGAUGUGCUCAAUGGGAUUGAGAUCAGUGCUCUUCGCUGGCCAUGGCAGAACACUGAUAUUCCUGUCUUGCAGAAAAUCACGCACAGAACGAGCAGUAUGGCUGGUGACAUUGUCAUGCUGGAGGGCCAUGUCAGGAUGAGCCUGCAGGAAGGGUACCACAUGAGGGAGGAGGUCUUCCCUGUAAUGCACAGCGUUGAGAUUGCCUGCAAUGACAACAAGCUCAGUCCGAUGAUGCUGUGACACACCGCCCCAGACCAUGACGGACCGUCCACCUCCAAAUCAAUCCCUCUCCAUAGUACAGGCCUCGGUGUAGCGCUCAUUCCUUUGACAAUAAAUGCAAAUCCGACCGUCGCCCCUGGUGAGACAAAACCAUGACACGUCAGUGAAGAGAACUUUUUGCCAGUCCUGUCGGGUCCAGCGACGGUUGGUUUGUGCCCGUAGGCGACGUUGUUGCCGGUGAUGUCUGGUGAGGACCUGCCUUACAACAGGCCUACAAACCCUCAGUCCAGCCUCUCUCAGCCUAUUGCGGACAGUCUGAGCACUGAUGAAGGGAUUGUGCGUUCCUGGUGUAACUUGGACAGUUGUUGCCAUCCUGUAUUUGUCCCAUAGGUCUGAUGUUCGGAUGUACAGAUCCUGUGCAGGCUUUGUUACACGACGUCUGCCACUGCGAGGACGACUAGCUGUCCAUCCUGUCUCCCUGUAGCGCUGUCUUAGGCAUCUCACAGUAUGGACAUUUAUUGCCCUGGCCUCAUCUGCAGUCCUCAUGCCUCCUUGCAGCAUGCCUAACCACAUUCAAGCAGAUGAGCAGGGACCAUGGGCAUCUUUCUUUUGGUGUUUUUCAGAGUCAGUAGAAAGGCCUCUUUAGUGUCCUAAGCUUUCAUAACUGACCUUAAUUGCCUACCGUCUGUAAGCUGUUAGUGUCUUAAUGACCGUUCCACAGGUGCAUGUUCAUUAAUUGUUUAUGGUUCAUUGAACAAGCAUGGGAACAGUGUUUAAACCCUUUACAAGAUUUUACGAAUUAUCUUUGAAAGAAAAAAAAUGUUUUUGCUGAGUUUAUAAUAAUACAAUGGGGUGUUCACAGGGUAACCUUAACAAAUGAAAUAUUGAGCAAUAAAACCUUUUAUUACGGUAUUUUCUAAUCUAUACAACGAAGACUAAGUAUCAACAUUAGUAAGUAGGACAAUGAUAUCAGCAAAUGUGAAUAUAUACUUUUACUAGCAAAUGUUACAUACACUCCACUUGAACCUAUGUAUUUUAGAGGGUGACUUCUUUGUGAUGACAAAUGGGGAUUUGUAGUGUGUCCUCUGAUUUUCAGAAGUAUAGCUACUGUAGUCUUUCAAUCAUCUGAGGCAAAACAUUUAGGAAUUUACUGAUUUUAUCUUAGUCAUUGAUCAAUACAAUGUAUCAUAAUUUCCCUACUUGUUUCAAGCUGUGUGUGUCCAUGCAUGUAAUUGUGUCCCUCUUUCUCUUGUGUGUUCGUGUACACACCACAAGUUACUAGGCAAUUGACUUUUCUUUAGUAUUGAACACUUCCUGUAAAUAACAUAACAUUUAAAUAAUUGUAGUUGUAUAACCAGAACAAAAGAAAAUCCCAUGUAAGCUCUAACUUGUCAAUUAUAGAGUGGGGAUAUAUAUCAUUUUCUAAAACAAAUCAUUUAUUAGUGAGCUGUACAAAUUUACUGUAUAAUAAAGAUAAAAUCUGUGUGUUGUGCCUAGUGGUUGGGGGUGUAGAUUUUUAGCUUUCUGUUUUUUACAUAAAAAUGUGCCAAGACUGCUAUAUUCAGUUUUUCCCCUUUUUAUGCGGUAUUGUAUAGCUGGAUAUUUGGCUCAAUAAAAACAAGCUGCACCCAGGGAACCAU